AUGGAAACUCAAGUCAAGAGGUGGCAGCAAAAGGUCUCUACCAAGCAAACAAACUCGGCUUGGGUGACCAAAGCAUGGUUGAUGGCAGACCGCCAUUGGACGAAGUCUAUGUGCGACCGCGCGUUCGAGUGGGCGAAACGACAGGGGCUGUGGCAAGUCAACCCCAUACACGGGGAAGAGGAGGCGUCUUUGGUGAUCGAGCGUCUCUUCAGCACCGAAGAGCAAGAGGGUGAAGCCUUCAGUCAGAGUGGGUCCUUUGCAACCGAGGACACAAAUGGGAGCUUCUUGACCAAAGAAGUGAAUGUGGAUGAGGCCUCCAAGGUGACGUCGUCUUCGGAAGUGUUUGGAGACGGGGGAUCAUCCUUCAAGAUGGCGGACAAGAUAGGAUUGCAGGUCACCGACUUGUCGGCUAAGUUUGAUGCUUUGUCUGAUCUUCAAGGCCAAGCUCUCACUGGGUCCCUUGAAGAGAAACAAGAAGACAUCAAGGCUAUUUUCGCUGAAAUCACGAAGAAGGACGUGGCUCUGAACAACACUCUCGUCAGGGCCAGGUAUCAUGACCCUGCUCCCAGUUGGCUUUUGGCCGUGCCCUUCAUUUUGAAGUGCUGCGCCUUGCUGUCCACAGAACAUGGACGCGAACAGCUCAGGCUUGGUGGAAGUUUGGUGCAUCUUCUGAACUUCACCAGUGGAAUGGUGAAGUGGUUCCACCGUGGAAGCAAGGUGUUGCUCCUGCACUUGCACAAGGAGACUUGCAAGCUGUCAGAGUUUAGCUUGAAGACGUUCAAGAUCCAGUCGCAUCCUGGCGGCAUUCAGACAUGUGCUGUGGACAUUGAAUUGGACUCAUCGGCCCACAUCGCGCCACGCAGCUUAAUUGAGGUUGAAGAUGACGAACAUCUUUGGGCAUGUAUGAAGUACACAGCUUGUGCAUGCAGCGCUUGGUUCCGUGGCCUCUAUGCGAAUGGGCUGUUUUUGAGUGCUCACGUUGCCAAGAAGUUGAUCCCAUAUGGCUGGGCUCUGACAGAAGGCUACGGCUUCUUAGCGUCCAUGUGCGCGGAGCGCGGGUACUGCCUCUACCGGGUGAAGCCCAAGCUUCACAUGCAAGAACACUUUCCGAAUCUAAUUUUGAGUUUGGAGUUGUGA